AUGUUAUCCGAUGGUAUAAAUAACGGUCAUACUAAUGAACAAAAUGAGGUUAGUGAGGUAAAUGGUACAUUUGUGGCACAACAACAUAAUAGUGGUACAAAUAGUAACGCUAAUGACAUAACAUCGCCUACAAGUCAUUAUAUUAAUAUGUUAAUAAAUGAAACAAAAUUGAAUUCGCCAUCUGGAGAUCCUAGAUAUUUACAAUUGGAAAGUUCUUAUACGUCAGGGUUCCAUUUAAGGGACGAAGUAGAUAAGUUUGAUUUCGAUCAUAGUUUAAAAAAUUCAAUGAAUGCCACUAAUAAUGUUAGCAUUGAUGAGGUAUUUGGGUAUUCUUCAAGUGAUGAACCUACUGAAGAUAAUGACCGUCAUAGCGGUGAUGAUGACGAUGAUGUUGAUGUAGAUAUGGAUGGAUACGAAUCUUUUGAUGAACCAUAUGGUGAUAUUGACGAUUUAUUAGUUACGAUAGAUGAAGUUAAGGGACAAGUCAAUCAAUGGAUAGAUAAUAUAGACAAUACGUUGUCAGCUACUCCGGAAUAUCAACAAAAAGAUUAUAGAAAUGGCAGUCAUAUACCUAGAGUGAUUAAAAAUAAUGAAACUACGAAAUUGAUGAACACGAUUACAGAUAUACGAGAUAUUGUUUUUGAAGAAGACGAUAACGACGAUUAUUAUAAUCCCGAAGAUGCUAAAGUUCAACAGUUAAAGCAAUAUGGGAUAGUUGAUAUCAGAGAGGCUAAUAUUCGAUUGAAAGAUCCUAAAGUGACUAAUGAUCCAUGUUCUAAAUUGAAUAAUUAUGGUGUAGUCUUAAUGAGAUGGCCUGAAUCUAUUGCACAAUUAUGGGAUGAAUAUAAUAAAAUACCCAGUGAAUGGUCUCAAGAUUAUUUAAUGUCAUUUUUAGUGAAUGUACGAAAGAUUAAUGAAAUGGAACAUUGUAAUAUCGAUACAGAACUAACAUUGAUGAGGCAAAGUUCAAUUAGAGAAUUGGAAUCUAAAUUUAGUUCUGGUUGGAGGAAUGAGGAUAAGAAUUUUUCGAGACAAAUUAAUAGACGAAAGAAAAUAUGGAAUGCCAUCGAAGAUGGUAUAGCUGAUGGAAUUGACGUAGAUGAUUGUAUUAAAGUUCUUACUCAGUACGUUGAAGAGGAAAAUAAGGGAUUAAGUUUGUAUUAUAAAGGAGUUCCUUUCAGAAUUAUUGACAGAUUACAUAAGAUUAAAUAG